AUGAGAGAGCAUGGAGGAUCUGCUCCUAUGGAGUCAACACAGUUUCCUAGAGGUGGCGGUCGAGACACCCGCGAAGUCGAGCAAAUGGUCAUGGAUGAGGAGCAGGCCGAUAUGAGACAGUUAGAAUCCAAAAGAACAAAGCUCUUUGUUCUCAUAGGUUCUGGGAUACUCCAGUUACCAAUAUGGGGCUUUGCUAUGAGCUACGGCGUAUUCCAGGAAUAUUACUUCGACAACUGGAUAUUUGAAGGAAAUCGCAACAUUACUGGUGUAAUCGGCACGACCGCUAAUGGUGUCAUGUAUCUAUCCAUGCCCUUCCUCUUCGCACUAUUCACCAGACGGUGGGCUCAUCGGCGCCAACUUGCCGCUCUUUGUGGAACCGUCAUCGCAUGCGUCAGUUUCUUCCUGUCCUCUUACAGCACCACUGUCUGGCACUUGCUUGCGACCCAAGGCGUCACAUCUGCACUGGGGUGUGCCCUCAUAUAUAGCCCAAUUACGCUGUCUCUUGGCGAGUGGUACAGUACCAGCAACCGUACCUUGGCGUACGGAAUUGUUUUAUCUUGCAAAAAUAUCGUUGGAACCAGCUGCCCAUUCUUACUUCGGGCUUUAAUUGAUACGUACGGCUACCAGACCACCCUGAAAGCCUGGACCGCGAUUGUUGGUGGAUUGAGUAUCUUUGCUAUCUUCUUGAUACCAACGCAUCCAUCGAAAGUCUCGAUGAGUAGAACUCGAGCACGCAGAAUUCCGUGGUAUUUCCUCAGACACCGAACUAUCUAUUUCUACAGCAUCGCCAUCAUCUUCCAAAGCUCUGGCUAUGGUAUUCCGCAAACAUAUUUGAGCACCUACGCCCGCGAAAUCGCUUCAUUGUCGCAAACUUCAAGUACCUUGAUGCUGGUUCUCUUCAAUGCACCAGGGAUUAUUGCUUCUUCCUUCUUUGGAUGGCUGAGCGACAAUAAGCGAAUCACCCUUUCAGCACAGACUGUUUCCGCGAUUCCACCUGUUUGCUGCGCCCUGGCCACUUUCAUCUUCUGGGGCUUGACUACGCAAGGCGCCAUUGGCCUACUCCUAGUCUUUUCUAUGACGUUCGGGUUCUUCUCCAGUGGGUAUAGCGCUACAUGGGGAGGGAUGCUCAAACAAAUGGAAAGCGAGUCUGCGGAGAGAAACGAAGCCGUUGAUCCGGGAAUGCUCUACGGUCUGCUGAAUGGUGUCAGAGGGAUCGGAUAUGCAAGUGGGGGGAUUGCUGGCGUGGGACUAUUAAAUACUGGAACUAUACUUGCCAACCAGCGCUUUGCUUUUGGAACCUCAUACGGACCACUUAUUCUCUUUACGGGGCUUUCUUCGCUCCUUGGAGGGUGGGUAGUUCUAUGGAGGUGGAAUCCGAAAAGACUCUUGCCAGUGGUAUUGAGAGGUAGUUAA